AUGCCUUCCUCGGCCCCCGUUCUCCGGCCUAAGCAGCCCAAGGAAAUCCCAAUUAGCUACGACAUCAACAUUCCCUAUAUCGACGUCGACAAGAAAUCCAAGAUCUCAACCAAGUACCCCCAAUAUCUCCCAUCAUGGGAUCCCGUCUGGUUCGAGCCUCUCACCCCAUUCACCUACAACGACCCAGCUCUGCGCGUGCGCAACAAGUCCAAGCCAAACCUGCUGGCCGGUGCCAAAGUCACCGACAUCCAACCCGCCAUCGGUUCAGUUGUUGAAAAUGUCCAAUUAUCCAGUCUCUCCGACACAGCCAAAGAUGAACUGGCCCUCCUGAUAUCAGAGCGCAAGGUUCUCGCCUUCCCAGAUCAAGAUCUCAUCGACGCCGGCCCCGAUGCCCAGGAAUCAUUCAUGCGCCACUUCGGCAAGCCAAACUACCAGCCCGUCUCAGGCUCCAUGACUGACCACCCGGCAUUCCACAUCAUUCACCGUGAUGGCAACCGAGAGGAAAUCCAGCGCUUCCUCUCUCAGCGCACUACCACCACCCUCUGGCACCAGGACGUCAGCUAUGAGAUCCAGCCUCCCGGCUACGUCAUGCUUGGUCUCCUGCAGGGCCCGGAAGUCGGCGGUGAUACCGUCUUCGCCUCGACGGAUAUGGCCUACAAGCGCCUUUCACCGGCCGUCACAUCUUUCCUAGAUACGUUGAAGGUGACGCAUUCCUCGCGCAAAAUGAUCGAUCACACCCGUCUCACGGGUGGUUUGGUCAGGAAGGAUCCCGUUGAUACUGUUCACCCGCUUAUUCGGGUGCACCCGGUGACAGGGGAGAAGUGCAUGUUUUUGAAUGGAGAGUUUAUUACAAGGAUCGAUGGGUUGAAGGAUUCAGAGACCAAGUGGGUUUUGGAUUUCUUGAUGAACCAUUUGGUUACGGGUCAUGAUUUCCAAGCUAGAGUGCGCUGGCAGCCCAGGACAAUUGUUUUGUUUGAUAACCGUUCGACUAUUCAUUCCGCAAUUGUGGAUUACUUGGAUGAUGAUUUCGGCGCCAAAGCUCGUCAUAUCUUCCGUUUGAUUGCGCUGGGCGAAAAGCCCAUCCCUGUGCAUGAAGACGAGGAAACCGUGGAAUUUGAAUAA